AAUACUACUUGAUUAUUAAUAUUUAUUUUCAUCAGAAUAAAAAUUGUCUAAAAUCGGAGUAAUUGCUCGGAAGAUAUUUCCACUCAUUUCGUGAGUUUUGUUAUCCAUUUCCCUGAUAAUGUUUUUGUUAUCAGUUUCCGAAGUCAUGACAGCUUAUAAACAUUCAGGUUUACAGGAAAAAUAAUAUUCGAGAUUAAUUCUGCUUAUUUUUCCAGGUAUAGAUAUUUGUGUUGUGAAAUUUAUUUUGCGCAGGUACGCCGGAGAAUUCUGCAAAAGUAUUUGUCCACAUGGAUGGAAUUUUUUCAAUAAUUGUUACCGAUUUAUUUGAAAUUAUCGUUGAUCUUAGAAAUGAUCGAGGAUAAGAUCGACCUGCACUUUCUCACGUCCCGUGAUAUCUAAUCGUGUUUCUGAUUAAAUCCGACAACAUGCCAUCAAUAACGUAAUUAUCAAAAUUUGUAGAGAUUUACUCGAAAAUUCAAGCAAAAAAAUACGAGUGAGUAAUUGAAAUUACAUAAUGAGCCUGUGGGGUUAAGGAAAUUAAAUGACUCAUCAUUCGGUGGUUUCAUGAUUUUUCCUCAUUGGGAAUACCCGACUGGGAUGAACCAAACGUCAGCCGAAUCCUAAAUCAUCAAGUAAUUUUCAUAUUAACAUUGAUGUUCCUUGGUUUCAGAGAUGAAUAACGAGAGCUGUCGCAUUAAUGUUUUCACUGAGGCAAAUUAUAAGACUCAAUCUCCUUUGUUUAAAUUGAAUAUUUAAAUUUUGCAUUCCAUACGCAUUACAUGUCAUACUGCGAUUAAACCGGCAAUUUCACUGGCAUUUAAAUUUUCCAUCUUUAUCCUUCGGUCUUUGAAAAGUCUAGAAAUAUCUACGAUUUUAACGAGAAUCGAAUAAUUAAUUUCAAUUGAAUUGAUUGACGCGGGGGAAAAGCCCGCGGGUGAUUUUUGUAUUGUCGGUUGUCAAGGAGACGGUACCCGGCGUCGAAUAUUCACAACAAAAGACUCCAGUGUGUGAUUUUUUGUUGAGUGUUCCUACAACGAUCGUGUAAGUCCAUUAAAUUAUGUCGGAGGAGGGGAAGCUCCAGGAGUCAGUGAAAAAAACCCAAGACCUCCUGGGGAAGUUCGUGAAAAAACCACCACUCACGGAGAAGCUCCUGAGAAAACCACCGUUCCGCUUUCUCCAUGACAUAAUCAACGCGAUAAUCAAGGAGACAGGAUUUCUCAAGGGUCUCUUUACGGAUGAGGAGCUGAUAUCCUCUAACAUUACCGACAAAGAUGCUAAACUGGGUUACUUGACGAAGCUCAUCGACGCGAUGAAGUUAAUAACAGGUCAGGAACUCUCGGUACGACCUUCGAAAAUAGUCUCCGGUCAGGAACCCGUAAAGACAAAUGAGCUCCUCCAGCUGAUAGCCAAGUCCAUCGAUAAGAAGAUCUCGAGUUCAGAAGCGAUUGAGCACUAUAAGGAGUCCCUGGAGAAGAAGGAGAGGCAGCGGUCAAAGAAAUCCGAUGAGAAGCCCCGAAAGUCCUCCUCCUCCGAGAAGCUCCGAAGGUUCCGUGAGGCAGAGGAGAAGCGCAAGUCCUCGGAGGAAAAACCUCGAGAGCCCUCCGAGGAGAAAUCCCGAAAGUCGACGAAAAAAGCUCCCUCGGAGAGAACGAGAUCGAAAGAGCCUGAUCGGAGGGAAAAGGAGGAAAAAGGCCGGACAGAGAAAGACCAGAAGGAGCGGAGAGAAAGGGGUGAGAGAGAUCGAAGGGAAAAGGAGGAAAAAGAUGCAAAGAGGAAAAAACCACGCGAGGAUAGUGUUGAACGCAAAUCCAAGCAGAGGGAGGCGGAACGAUCCAAAAAAAAGCGCUCGUCUUCACCGAAGAAGGCUCCUGAGCCGAGGAAUGAAGAGGAGUCGAUGGAGCCCUCCAAGGACUCCACGGAGUCAAUUCAUGAGGAGAAGCGAGAGGAGGAGGAGAUCCUUCCACCACAGGUGCUCCCUCCGGAAGAACCGAAGCUCGAGGAAGCUCCAACGGCUCCGGAGCCACUUCCAGACACCUCUCCUCCGGCUAAAACACAUGCUCCGGCAUCGGCUCCUCAAAGGAGGAGUCUCCUCCGGCCUCCGAGUGCUCGCCCCCCUUCAGCCAGGCCCGGAGCACCGAAACUCAAGGGAAAGGGCGAUUUCGUUAUUAAUACCAGUGGCCUGCAGAUGGGGGAUGUUCACGUGAUUGUUGAAAAUUUUGAUAAUAAGGACGACGACGAAGGGAUGGUCGUGGUGGAGAGCUCCAGUAACGAGGAGGCUAUUGUUGGAAAUUCUGAGUUAUUGAAUAAAGAGUUGACCAAGGAGCACGGUUACCUCGUGGCGCAGAUCCUGGAGACCCAGAGGGAACUCGUCAACGAGGGAAACGUGGAGAUUAUUCCGAAGGUGGAGAUCGAGUGGGAGGCGGGUAUGAGGAAGGAGAAGGAAGCUGUUAUCAGGGAGGUGGAGAAGCUCAGGGGGACCAUUCAGGGGCUCACCAGGACGACUAAUCCUCUUGGAAAACUCAUGGAUUUCCUUCAGGAGGACGCGGAGAUCAUGGAGAAGGAGCUGUGGGACUGGAGGGGACAGUUCAGUGAUCUUAGGGAGCAGCUAGUUAAGGAGAGAAAUGGGAUGAAGGAUGCUGUCAAGCCGUUGGAGGAGAGCCUCAAGGAGAUAGAGGGAACUAUUUCUGCACAAAUGGAGAAGAUACUACAGACCAAAGCAAAUAUCAUGAGAAAUAAUCAGAAAAUCCAGAAAUUGUUGAGUGGACGAUGAGCAUUGUGACU